AUGUACCAAGAAGGUCUCGCUCCUAGCACCAUUUACGUCGUCCCAACUAUAACUCCUGGGGCAAAAUUAUCUACCGGGCGGAUUGAUACAUCAAUUUUAAUACUCAAACGUCAGGCAGAUGACGGAGGCGCAUCGAUGUUUAUGACGCCUUUUGACGGAAGUCCGGAGACAGCGUGGGGUGUUGUGCGGGAACUUCUAAAUGGCAUGAAACUGGGGGGCUCGUUUGCGGGAGGAUGCGUGUCCGAAGAAAUUCCCUUCCGCUGGUGGGGAACAACGGAUGUUGCUCUGGAAAAGAACAUCGCCCUCAGCAGAACUCUAGAAGAAGACGGAAGGGAUUUGGACGAGAUAAUUACCCUUCAACGCGCCGCAUUUCAACUUACUUCCCCGGGCCACCAAGAACACCUUGUGACCCUCACUAACUUCGCGGACUGCCUUGAAAAGCGGUUCUGGAAGGAGGGCGACAUGGAAGAUUUAAUGGAAGCCAUACCCAUCCGACGUGCUGCGCUGGAGCUCACUCCUCCAGGGCAUCAAGAAUAUCGUACCUUCUCUUGUCCGUCUUGCGAGUUGCCUAGAACAGCGGUUUAG